AGCUGCUGUGUUGAGGCCGAAAACUCAGACACAACCAGGACCUGGACGAUUGUGGGAUACCACCGAGGAGGGGAUAUACUCUUUACCGGACACUCGCAAGGUAUUUUUAAGUAGCGGAGCAUCAGUGGGGCACCCACCGAGCCUCCGUGCUUUUGCUGUCGGAGGCCGCCACGGUUCUGUUUCUCCCCCACGGACUGUGUGUCGCUGCCUGCUGGUCGCUGUAAUCCAGACCCGCUGCUAAAUAAUGACACUGAGAGGAGGCUGAAGCUGCCGUGUGGCGACGCAGCCCCGUUCCCCCUGAAACUGAAGUCCUUUACCCAGCCCGGAGGGGGAACGGAGCGGCCCGGCUGUUGUCGCUGUUAGCCGGGGGGCUAACGGCUCCGGCUGCCGGACCGAUAAACAAGCGGAAUAAAGCCCCAACUACAUGGACCAAGUCAGCGGCGGACAGCUCCGUCUCAUUUUGCGCAAGAAGAACUGUUAUGACUGAGGCAAAGACACGGUUCUCCGUUUGAAGCAGCACCGUGGGCUUUGUUACCGUGGAUUUAUUUGACUAAAACCACCCUGAAAGCAGCAGUUUGAAGCCCCCCUCUGCAUCAGUGCCAUGAAUCAGCCCGGGCAACAGCUCCUACCCACAUAGAGGUCACUUUACCUCUCCUUCCAUUUGCUGUGGUCCAGAGGAUGCUGGUAAUGUGUCGCGGGCGCAGGAAGUUCCUGGCGGCCUCCCUCGCCCUGGUCUUCAUCCCGGCGCUCACCUGGCUUUACCUGUCAGUCGGGAGCUUUCAAGUGAAGCCCCUCCCUCUGUCUCCGCUGGAAGUCCAGUCCUCGACGCCGGUGGGCGGAGCCGGCGAGCGGCAGGCCUUAGAGCUGCGGGUCCGGGCGGUGGAGGAGGAGAACCGGGCGCUGCGCCGGGAGCUCAGCCGGCCACCCAGGAGCCCGUCGGCGCGCCUUCCGAGCGGCAGUCACCGUGGCAACCAAAACCGAACCCAUUCAGAGGAGGGCACCGGCGACAAUGAGGGCCAGAAAGCCGCUGCAGUGGGAAACAGCUCCGACUGUGUGCAGCAGCCAGUGGUGGAUAAAUGUGAGACCAUCCACGUGGCCAUCGUAUGUGCGGGUUACAAUGCCAGUCGAGAUGUGGUGACCCUGGUUAAGUCGGUCCUGUUCCACAGACGGAACCCUCUACAUUUCCAUUUCAUCACAGACUCCAUUGCUCAGCAGAUCCUGUCCUCUCUGUUCCAUACCUGGAUGGUUCCUGCCGUCAGGGUCGACUUCUACGACGCAGACGAGCUGAAAUCUGAGGUGUCAUGGAUCCCUAACAAACAUUACUCUGGGAUCUACGGUCUGAUGAAGCUGGUGCUCACCAAGACGCUGCCGUCCGACCUGCAGAGAGUCAUCGUCCUGGACACAGAUAUCACCUUUGCCACUGAUAUCGCUGAACUUUGGGCUGUUUUCCACAAAUUCAAAGGGAUGCAGUGUUCUGGUCUGGUGGAGAACCAGAGUGACUGGUACCUGGGGAACCUGUGGAAGAACCAUCGACCCUGGCCGGCUCUGGGCAGAGGCUUCAACACCGGGGUGAUUUUGCUUCUCCUGGAUCGGCUACGGAAACUCAGGUGGGAGCAGAUGUGGAGGUUGACUGCAGAGAGAGAACUAAUGAGCAUGCUGUCCACCUCGCUGGCAGACCAGGACAUCUUCAACGCUGUGAUCAAACAGAACCCGUUCCUGGUUCACCAGCUGCCGUGCUUCUGGAACGUCCAGCUGUCCGAUCACACUCGCUCCGAGAAGUGCUACAAAGACGUUUCGGACCUCAAGGUGAUCCACUGGAACUCUCCCAAGAAGCUGCGGGUGAAGAACAAGCACGUGGAGUUCUUUCGGAACCUCUAUCUAACCUUCCUGGAGUACGACGGCAACCUGCUGCGGCGAGAGCUGUUUGGGGCUGUCCCAGCGAGCGACCACAACAGCGAGAACCUCCAGAAGACUCUGUCGGAGCUGGACGAGGACGACCCUUGCUACGAGUUUCGCCGAGAGCGAUUCACCGUCCACCGAACGCACCUCUACUUCCUCCACUACGAGUACGAACCCAGCUCUGACAACACGGACGUCACCCUGGGCCAGCUGUCUAUGGACAGGCUCCAGAUGUUGGAGGCCAUCUGCAAACACUGGGAAGGCCCCAUCAGCCUGGCCCUGUACCUGUCGGACGCCGAGGCCCAGCAGUUCCUGCGCUACGCUCAGGGCUCCGAGGUGCUGAUGAGCCGCGGGAACGUAGGUUACCACAUCGUCUACAAAGAGGGGCAGUUCUACCCGGUCAACCUGCUGCGUAACGUGGCCAUGCGGCAGGUCAACACGCCCUACAUGUUCCUGUCAGACAUCGACUUCCUGCCCAUGUACGGCCUCUACGAGUAUCUCAGGAAGUCAGUGGUGCAGCUAGACAUGGCCAACACCAAGAAAGCUCUGGUGGUUCCAGCCUUUGAGACGCUGCGAUAUCGCCUGUCCUACCCAAAAUCCAAGGCCGAGCUGCUGUCUCAGCUGGACAUGGGUACACUCUUCACCUUCAGGUAUCACGUGUGGACUAAAGGCCACGCACCAACUAACUUUGCCAAAUGGCGGACAGCCACCACGCCCUACAGGGUGCAGUGGGAGGCGGACUUUGAGCCCUACGUCAUGGUGAGGAGGGACAGCCCCGAGUACGACCGCCGCUUUGUGGGCUUCGGCUGGAACAAGGUGGCUCACAUCAUGGAACUGGAUGCGCAGGAGUAUGAGUUUGUGGUUCUGCCCAACGCCUACAUGAUCCACAUGCCUCACGCGCCCAGCUUCGACAUCACCAAGUUCCGUUCCAAUAAGCAGUACCGGGUCUGUCUCAAGACCCUGAAGGAGGAGUUCCAGCAGAACAUGUCGCGGCGCUACGGCUUCGCCGCCCUCAAGUACAUGACGGCCGAGAACAACAGCUAGCCACCACUGCAGACCCUCACGCCCCCGGUGCUGAACUACUGAUACCGCUCCGCAGG